AAAAAAGAAACCAAAUAAUGAAAAUUCAUCGAAACCAGAUGAUGAUGAUGGUUCUAACCGAAAUCAUUCUCAUGCAGCACCAUCAAGUCCAGUUAAAAUUAUUCAAACACCUAUAACUACUUAUAUUAAUGUUACUGAAAAACCAGCACGUUAUCGUGGUUGGUCACUUUAUUUUCCUGAUACAGAUAAAGAAUCUGAUCUUAGUUAUUUAUCAGUUUGUCAAUUAUUCGAAAGUUAUUUUAAACGAACGAAAGAUUUAUAUGAUCUUUCAGAUAUUGAACAUAAACAGUCAUUUACGAUUAAUUUUGAUGAAAUACUUAAAGAUGAAGGUUUAAAAUGA